UUUGAAACGAAGUGGCGAAUCAGUCUGGUAGAAUACGUCUCAGAAGUUGAACUCUUGUUGGGUUGUGUUUAUAAGACACGUUGCAUUUAGGUUGGAAAACUAACGAGAUCAAGUAUAUUCAGAACCGGGACCAUGAGGAGAAGUGAAGUUCAUGCUGCAGAGUCGGUGGCAUGUCUGAAUCGAGCUCUUAAUCGUCUGAAGGACAUUUGGGAAGAAAUCGGCAUCCCAGAGGAUCAGCGACUACAAAGGACAGAUGUUGUGAAAAAACAUAUCAAAGACUUGCUGGAGAUGAUGAUUACAGAGGAGGAGAGUCUCAGGAAGCGAUUGUUAAGUAGUAUCGAGUCUUGUAGCAAAGAGCUUGAGAGCCUGUGCCAGGAACUCCAACUACCACCAUUUGAGGAGGAGGAGGGUAGCACCAUGUUGCAGCUGGAGAAGGAUAUCAGGACACGGUUGGAGGUGAUGACCAAUCAGAAGAGCCAGAGGAUCCAGCAGCUGAAAGCCUUCUGGAAGCAGGACCAGGAGCUGUGUGACAUCAUGUGCUCAGCUCCUUACUGCAUCAGUCUGGAGUCAGUGCCAUCUCUGGAGCAGCUGGAGAGCUACCGUGCCUACCUGGACAGUCUCACCCAAGAGAAGGUGCGCCGACAUGACGAGUUCAUCGGCAUCAAAAGGCAGAUCAUCCAGUGCAUGGAGGAUCUCGAUCAGCUGCCUGACACCAGCUUUGAGAGAGACGUGGUGUGUGAGGACGAGGAGGCCUUCUGCCUGUCGAACGACAACAUCUCAACCCUCAAACUACUGCUCGGUCAGUUGGAGGAGCGCAAGGCUGAGAAUGAGCUGCGCUGCUCUGCCUACCGCGGUAAGAUCCAGGAGCUGUGGGAGAGACUGCAGGUUCCCCUGGAGGAGAGAGACGCCAUAUCUGAACACAUGGUCCUGUCGAAGAAAACGAACCUGGACGCUCUGCAAGCUGAGGCCGGGCGUCUGGAAGAGCUCAAGAUCAAGAACAUGCAGAACGUCAUUGAGGCCAUCAGAGCUGAGAUAGCGCUCUUUUGGGAGAGGUGCUACUACAGCUCUGAGCAAAGACAAGCCUUUGUUCCUUACUUUGACGAUAAUUUCACCGAAGAAAGUCUGAAUCUUCAUGAGGCUGAAGUUUUGAACCUCAAAAAACAAUAUGAGGAUCACCAGGAUCUCUUUGAGGGAGUCGGAAGGUGGCAGGAGAGUUGGAUGCUGUUUUUGGAACUAGAUAAAAAGGCAACAGAUCCUUCUAGGUUCAACAAUCGAGGAGGGAACCUUCUGAAAGAGGAAAAGCAGAGGGCCGACCUUCAAAAAAGUUUGCCAAAGUUGGAGAAAACCCUGAAGACCCAGAUUGACCUGUGGGAGGAGGAGCAUUGCAGGGAGUUUUUGGUCAAUGGUCAGAAGUUCAUUCAGUAUGUACAGGAGCAAUGGCAACUCCUCCAGAAUGAGAGGGAGCAAGAGAAACUGGAAAGGCAACUGAAGAAAACCAAGCAGUUUGAGAAAGACGUGCAGUUUGGAACCACUGUGAAGACGCCGUCCAAAAGACGUCUGGCAGCGACACCCACAUCGAGUAAAACCAGAAAGGUAAUACAGCUAAAUUCCACCUGCAGCAUCUCCACUCCCAACAGUACGCUCCGCUCUGGAGGAAGCACCUUCCAGUCUCCUGCCCUACGACCUCCUCUGUCCAUCAGUAAGAUUCCUGGACUGCGCACCCCUGCACGUGCCAGGACUCCUCGGGCUCAGGAGAGGAACAAGGAGAACAUCUCCCACCUUUAUGGGACUGCUCUGGGCGGUACUUUAAGACCACCAGCUAGCCCACACCGUAACUUCAGCAUCAACUCUGUGGCCAGCACCUAUUCAGAAUUUGCGAAGGAUUUUGUCAACAUUGAUUCCACCGUCAUUAAAAGCGAGACCUUUCAAAGGUCUCCAAAUCUACCAUCAUCCAGACAGGACACCUGAACUCCACAGUCACUCACCUCUGAGGGCCGGGCCAGGGGUGCACUUUGAGUCGACCAGCUCAGCAGUGCCCCCAGCAUUAUGUUAACACUGUUGGAGUCUGAAGGAAAGUUAUCAAUACAAUGAAUGUAACUCCAAGUUGACACACGAUUUUCUAAAUGUUUUAUGUUAUUAUAUUAUUAGAGAUUUUUAAGCUUCUUUGGCUUCCUGCUGAAUGACACGCGGGACUGCAGAACAGUUUUCAUGAAACUUUGUCCUUUAUUUUAUAUGGCUAUUUGAUCAUUUUCAUUUGAUGCAAGCUUAUUGUAUACAUGUUUAGGGCUAGCUGAUCAUGAGUUUCCCUCUCAACUUUGACUAUACACUUUACACUACAUCUUUUUGAUGUUAUCUUUAAGGUAUUUUAAGUGCACAAUCUGCUGUCAGAACUGCUGCGGUAACAGCACUUGUUUUAAACGUAUCUGAGUGUAAUUGGUGAUUUGCAAACUGUAAAUAAAUGUUUUGUUUCAAUA